UUUGCUUAAUAAUUUUAUUGUAAUAAAUAAAAAGUGAUUAUUAAAUUCGAUAUAUCGAGCUGAUGAAGUGUUGACGAAACUGUUACUUCAGAAAGCAGAGGUUACUUUUACACUUACUUUAUACGUGUACCCAGUUUUGGUACAAUGCUAGGUUGAUUUGUCAGUUUGACUUUAUUUUUAUACUGCGCUUUAUUUGAUAAAAAUGAGAGAAAUAAUGUUAAAAUUGUAUAUUUGUUUUCCAUUUUUGUUUAUGGUACUUAAUGGAAGUUCCGCUUUGUAUUUUCACAUUGGAGAAACGGAAAGGAAGUGUUUCAUAGAAGAAAUACCCGAUGAAACUACUGUAGUCGUGAAUUACAAAGUAGAAGUAUUUGAUCCAAGAACAGGGGGUUUCAUGCAGUCUAACUCAGGGAUUGGCAUGCACGUCGAAGUGAAAGAUCCUGAUCUUAAAGUCAUAUUGUCUAGAGUGUACAGUUCUGAAGGAAGAAUUUCUUUCACUUCACACACCCCUGGUGAGCAUGUAAUUUGCUUAUAUUCAAACAGCACUAAGUGGAUUGGAGGGACACAAUUGAGAGUGCAUUUGAAUAUUCAAGUCGGUGAACACACGAUCGAUUAUGCAAAUAUAGCGCAGAAGGAAAAACUAGGAAAUCUUCAGUUAAGGAUGAGACAACUGUUGGAUCAAGUUGAAGCAAUAACAAAAGAACAAAAUUAUCAAAGAUAUCGAGAAGAAAGAUUCAGAUUGACUUCAGAAAGUACUAACCAAAGAGUAUUUUGGUGGUCUUUUGCACAGUUGAUAAUGCUCAUCCUAAUGGGAGUUUGGCAAAUGAGGCACUUAAAACGCUUUUUUGAAGCUAAAAAACUUGUGUAGAACAUUGCUAAUUAAUUUAAUAUCAUUUUUUUUCUAAACCCAUUUUGUCUUUUACCUCAUUACUUGAUAAUACAUUUGUCUUCAGUUGAUUUGUUAAAUGUGAAAACACGUGAAACCAGUGGUUUGUUACACUUUUCAUCCUUGUGUUUUAAGAAGCAGAGAAAAGCAUGGUUUUCAGAACUUUUAUUAACUUAUUCCGUUUACAUCAUUGGCUAAAAUUUUUGUAUAUUUAAGAAGUGGUUUAAUAUUGAAUAAAUUU